AGGCGUGGUGAAAAGACUGUAGUUGGGCCCUAUCCUUCCGCCUUUUCAACUUCUCGGCUUCCACCUGGAGCACGGAUUGAGAUCGUCUUACUACACCCAUUUACUCAUGUACAAUCCAAGUCCAACGUCACCUGCCUAUCAGGAGCGUCCAGCCCGAAGCUCCAUGCAGAUAGUGAUGUGGCCAAUCAUAGCGCGGUCAACCUAGGUCCAAUCAUGCCGGCACGGGCAUGCAGGAACCGCCGUCCAAGUGCUCUCCCUCGCCGAACGGCGACGGCCACAAUAUGAGCCUUGCCUGUGCCUCCGAAGCGCUUUGACAAAUGGAAAGGAUCAGCGAUGCAUCGCGACUUACCGAUCGUUGCUAGCAUGACAGGAUACAAGGUGGAGCGUGGGCUUCUUCUCUGGUCGUCGGCCUUGCUCUCAGAUGCAACAUGGAAUAAAAACGUGGGUUGGACUUGCAUGUCGCUCGUCGUCAUAUAAAACGGUGUAUGGAACCUGUUUGCCUUCGUCAAUCGUUUCGUUCGCCCUUCAAGUCAUACUCGCGAUGAAAGUUUCCAGCUGGAUAAUUGCCGCUGGUCUCAGCAAGCUUUGCAGUGCAUCGCUCUAUGGCGAAAGCAGCCUCAACCAUAGCUGUGUCUUGAGUAAGCCUUUGUUAUCGUGCAGCCCAGAAGCCAAUGCCCCAGACGCCUUCAAGACUCUGGACACCUGCUGUGUCGAGACGUAUGGAGGCCUCUUCCUCAGCACACAGUUCUGGUCAACAUAUACGGGUUAUGAAUCGAAGGGCCAACUUCUCCCACCCAAUUCGUGGACGCUGCACGGCCUAUGGCCGGACUUCUGCAAUGGUAGCUACACACAGUACUGCGACCUGAAACGCCAAUACGAUCCAGCGCCGUCUCCCAACACGACCAAUGGCCUUCCAAACGGCACUGUCGUGCCUCCCUACACCGGCCCGACUGUGGACACGUUUGUGACCAAGUUUGGCAAGAAUUCGCUGCUCGCCUACAUGAACAAAUACUGGAUUAACCAAGGCGCGCCCAACACCGAUUUCUGGGCGCACGAGUUUAGUAAGCACGCAACCUGCUACAGCACGUUUGACGUCCCCUGCUACGGGCCUGAAUACGUCGAGCAUCAGGAGGUGCCAGAGUUUUUCGAGACGGCCAUUAAAUACUAUCAGCGCCUGCCCACCUGGAACUGGCUCGACGCAGCGGGCAUCAAGCCCAGCAACUCGACGAAGGUCAGCUUGAGCGACCUGCAAAACGCCUUGGUCAAGGGAUAUGGCGCGCUGCCGUACAUCGGCUGCAGCGGCCCUAAGUACAACGAAACAGCGGCCGGCAAGGGCUCGACCGACAAUGGGCGCACCCAGCUGUCCGAGGUCUGGUAUUACUUCCAUUCUCUCGGACGCCCACAGGACGGUGCGUGGGUGCCGGUGAACGCGACCGGCUUCGUUACGACGUGUGCGAAGACUAAAGGGGCCAUACUGUAUCCUCAGCGUGGCGCUGGUACCGAGUGGUGAAUUGAUCUCCUUUUGGGUUAAUGAUGAUUAGUAAAAAUGGGCAAAUGUAUGCUGGUAUCGCAUGGAUAAGAAGUCUUUGUACAUAGCUUUUGGACCGCACCUACAUUAUACACGAUCACUAAUGCUUAUAAUCAAUCGUAAAAGGACAUGACGCAGG